UCAACAAAAAGUAAAACUAAACUCGCCUUCAUCAUAUAUCUUAAUUACAAUUAUAAUUUGUUUUAUGAAUAUAUAUUUUGUAGUUUUCCAAUGUUCCUAGGGACCUGAAUUAUAAAGUGUACCCAGAUUAACCAUCAAACACCAGUUCAAUAGGGUUGUCAAAAACAAACAAGCCGCCUGAUAUAUAUACUUCCUGUAGAUUAGUUCCCCCAAAAAAGUUUCUACAAAUUUCUGUAGAUAUUUCUACUUUUGAAAAGGGCCCUUCAGAAAUCCUGAAUUGCAUAAUUUGAAAUCUACUGAACGACGAUUAUUCCAAAGAUCAGAUAAACUUGGGUUAAAGCUUUAAAGAGAAAGAAUUCUUUUCUUGUCAGAGCUUCCAUGCAAAGUAUAUCCAACUUUUGCGUGCCCAACUGACAGAUAUCCUUAACUUACGCCCCUAGACCAACAAUCUCAAACCUUCUCUUUUCAACUUUUGAGGCUUAGCUUCUCCUUCAAAUAAAAGCAAACGGUCUCCAUGCAUAACCCAGAUGCUUCCUCUGCACACUUGAAAUUUCAGAAGCCUCAUAAUAUGCAACAGCAAUGGAUAAUUUGAUCAAGCGAGUCGGGCUAAAGUUUUCGAAUGUAGGACAAUAAAAUAGAGAAGAAACAAGUAACUCCAACCGAAAAAUACCACUCCAGAAAACUGUAUCUUUCAAAGGAGAAAAGAAGACAGCUCAAAACUGGUUACGAAGACAAUUCUCCGGGCAAAUGAGUCGGGAUUAUGAUUCCAACAUCCAAAUGGAGCAUGCAGCUGCGAUGGCUGCAACUGCAUAUGCCAUUAAUUCUCUAGAAGAAUCGCGCAUCCCAGAUCAGAAAAAGACCAAAGAUCCUUUUCCUGUUAACAAAAUGUAUGAACAAAAUGAUGACAAAUCCGGAAAGGGGUGUUUCUCAGAAAAGAAGACAGCUCAAAACUGGUUACCAAGACAAUUCUCCAGGCAAAGGAGUUGGGAUUAUGAUUCCAACAUCCAAAUGGAGCAUGCAGCUGCGAUAGCUGCAACUGCAUAUGCCAUUAAGUCUCUAGAAGAAUCGCGCAUCCCAGAUCAGAAAAAGACCAAAGAUCCUUUUCCACUUCUCACCAGGCUCAGGAGCGAUAAAGAAGAUGCCCCAACUUCAGUACAGGAGAUAACCAGUGGGGGCCCUCAGCCUCAGCCAUCUUUCAGGAGACUCGAGAGCAAAAAAGAUGAUGCAGAUGAAGCCAGCGGGAACCUUGAGCCCUCUUUAACCAGUGUCAAGAGCAAAAAGGAACCAGAAGUCUCAAUGAUGGAACCCGGAGAAAUUGCAAUGAUGAAUUCUGGAGCUCCAGUUGAUGAAAUGUCAGAAAUUGCUGCCGUACAGAAGACACCUGAAAAAGCCAUCGGUCCUCCAAAGAAAAAGACUAGUUUUGCUGAUGAGGUCCUUAAUAGAUCUGAUACUACAAAAUUUAAAAGAACAACAUCAGGUCGCACUGCAAAGGAUUCAUCAGUGAGAAGGACUCCAAAUUUUGAUCAUGAAGUAUCUGCCAACAAACCCUACGAUCGUCCAUCCACUAAACCUAAAAGCACAUCAGAUAUCACUGAACCUGCUUCAUCAACGAAAAGAACUCCAACUUUUGAUUAUGGAGAAGUGCAAAGAUCUGAAAUCGAACCCUAUGCUCCUCCAUCCUAUAAACCUACAAUCACAUCACCCGAAACCAAAAGACACAAUUCAGUAAAACCUGGAGCAGAUGAAACAGGAGCAGAUACCUGGGAGAAAACAGAGAUGGCCAAGAUCAAAGAAAGGUAUGAGAAGUUAAACGAGACAAUACAAUCCUGGGAGGAAAAGAAGAAGAAGAAAGCCAGAAGCAAACUUGAUAGAUCAGAGAGACACUUGGAGGAAAAAAGAUCGAAAGCCUUGACAAAAUUCCGUAGUGACAUGGAAUCAAUCAAUCAGAUUGCAGGAGGAGCAAGAGCACAAGCAGGGGAAAAGCGAAGAAACGAUGAGUUGAAAAUAAAAGCCAAGGCAAAUGUAAUCAGAAGAACUGGGAAAGCUCCGGAGACAUGCUUGUGCUUCUGAAUCUCAUCAUUAACUUGGCCUCUCCUGGUUUCACCAAGGCACACCGAAAUUUAAGUAGUUCACACAUGUAAAUAUAUCUUUUACAAUUACUUCACAAGCUUAAUGCUAAUUUAUUCCGGUUCAAAUGUAAAGAACGAUGAUCAAUCGCUCCAUUAAUCUUAAUUAAUUGAUUGCAGAAAGUUGAACCUUGUA